AUGUUGUGCAAAAAGGAUCAAUGGUUUCGUGAAAGAUGCUGUGGAGGAGUAGAUUUGAAUAGAAAUUUCGAUUGGUUUUGGGGAGAGGUUGGAUCCAGUUCUGACAGAUGUUCCGAAAUUUAUCAGGGAAAAAGUCCUUUCAGUGAAGCUGAAGCAAGGGCAGUCCGAGACGCAAUGUUUUCCCCGGACUUACGGGGGAAGGUUGACGCUUUCCUAACUCUUCACACUUACUCGCAGAUGUGGAUUCAUCCGUUCAGUCAUCAAAGAAAAACAGUGCCCGAGGACAUCAACGACAUUGAACAAGUUGGUAGACGAGCCAUAAGUGCAUUGGAAAGUGUCUAUGGGACAAAGUAUCGUUUUGGAACUGGAGCCGACAUUUUAUAUCCUUCCUCUGGUGGUUCUGACGAUUGGGCAAAAGGAAAAGGUGGAGCAAAGUAUGUCUAUUUAAUGGAGCUCCGUCCAGGCGAAGAAGUAUGGGAUGGAUUCAUACUUGACUCUCGUCAGCUGAUUCCAACAGGACGUGAAACGUGGGCAGGUAUCAAAGUGACAACAGGCUGGAGCACUACUCUUAAUCCAACUGCACCGUUUAUUUUCACACCCACCUCGCCUCGCACACCCGGUAUCACUGCUCUGCCAAAGUUUGCUAUCACAAAAGCGCCCGUCCGCUUCAUAGCAUUUAGUUCCUGUUUCGAUCGAUCACCAUGGUGUGCAGCCUGGCUGGAACGAAAUCCACAAGUGUGUAUUGUUUCAUCCAUAUUUAUGCGUCGAGAUUGCUCUAGGACUUGCCGAUUUUGCUGA